AUGGUAAAAUCCAGGUUCGCAAGUGGUGCUGGUGCUGAAGAGUAUGAACUGCUGUUGGAUGAUCAGAUUGAUUUCGUCCAGGCACUCCGACGAAUGGAUGGAACUAAAGAAAAGGACCGGAAAGCACCGGUAUCUGAGGCGGAAAGGAAGAAGAUGGACAUUGAGGAAACGAAGAAAUCACUUCCAGUUUUUCCAUUCAAGGAGGAUCUCAUAGCCGCUAUAAAAGAACACCAGAUUCUUAUUAUCGAAGGAGAAACGGGUUCGGGAAAAACGACACAGAUUCCACAGUAUCUCUAUGAAGCUGGGUUUACAAACGACGGCAAGAAGAUUGGAUGUACUCAGCCUCGUCGCGUGGCAGCGAUGUCCGUGGCGGCACGUGUUGCACAGGAAAUGGGCGUCAAGUUGGGCAACGAAGUUGGUUAUAGUAUUCGUUUCGAGGAUUGCACAUCCGAGCGGACUGUCAUUAAAUACAUGACAGAUGGUACGUUGCACAGGGAGUUUCUUUCGGAACCGGACCUAGCUUCGUAUAGUGUGAUGAUUAUCGAUGAAGCUCACGAGCGUACGUUGCACACGGACAUUCUGUUUGGAUUGGUGAAGGACAUUGCGCGGUUUCGGUUGGAUUUGAAACUACUGAUUUCCAGUGCCACGUUGGAUGCGGAAAAGUUUUCGGAUUUCUUCGAUGAUGCGAACAUAUUCCGUAUUCCUGGUCGUCGUUUUCCGGUUGAUGUAUUCUACACCAAAGCACCGGAAGCAGAUUAUAUCGAUGCAUGUGUGGUGUCGGUUCUACAGAUUCAUGCCACUCAGCCUCUUGGAGACAUUCUUGUAUUUUUAACUGGACAAGAGGAAAUCGAAGCCUGCCAGGAGAUGCUCCAGGAUCGCGUCAAGCGGUUGGGUUCCAAACUCAAGGAACUACUCAUCCUUCCCAUUUAUGCCAAUCUGCCUUCGGUCAUGCAGGCGAAAAUUUUCGAUCCAACUCCACCGAACGCCCGGAAAGUCGUACUGGCCACCAACAUCGCCGAGACAUCACUAACCAUCGAUAACAUAAUGUACGUGAUCGAUCCGGGCUUUGCAAAGCAAAAUAAUUUUAACUCCAGAACCGGGAUGGAGACCCUGAUGGUCGUGCCCAUUUCGAAAGCGUCUGCCAAUCAACGUGCAGGUCGAGCAGGGCGCGUUGCCCCUGGCAAGUGCUUUCGUCUGUACACAGCCUGGGCAUACAAACACGAGCUGGAAGACAACACCGUCCCGGAAAUUCAGCGCAUAAACCUGGGCAAUGCCGUGCUAAUGCUCAAAGCUCUUGGAAUCAACGAUUUGCUUCAUUUCGAUUUCCUCGAUCCUCCACCACAUGAAACGUUGGUUUUGGCAUUGGAGCAACUUUACGCCCUAGGGGCAUUGAAUCACCACGGUGAACUGACCAAACUUGGACGACGGAUGGCGGAAUUUCCGGUCGAUCCCAUGAUGGCAAAAAUGCUGCUUGCUAGUGAAAAGUACAAAUGUUCCGAGGAGGUGGUGGCCAUCGCUGCAAUGCUAUCGGUGAAUGGAGCCAUCUUCUACCGACCGAAAGAUAAAAUCAUCCACGCAGAUACGGCCCGGAAGAACUUCAACCACAUGCACGGGGACCACUUGAGUUUGCUGCAGGUCUACAAUCAAUGGGCCGAAUCGGACUACAGCACUCAGUGGUGUUACGAAAAUUUCAUUCAGUUCCGUUCGAUGAAACGAGCUCGCGAUGUCCGGGAGCAGCUGGUUGGGUUAAUGCAGCGAGUCGAAAUCGAAAUGGUUUCCAGUCUGCCGGAAACGACCAACAUCCGGAAGGCUAUUACAGCCGGGUACUUUUAUCACGUCGCUCGGCUUUCCAAGGGGGGUUACUACAAAACGGCCAAGCACAAUCAGACGGUGAUGAUCCAUCCGAAUUCGGCACUGUUCGAAGAACUGCCUCGUUGGGUGCUGUACCACGAGCUGGUGUUUACGACGGAGGAGUACAUGCGGUCGGUGAUUGAAAUCGAAAGCAAGUGGCUGCUGGAGGUGGCACCGCAUUACUACAAACCGAAGGAGCUCGAGGAUUCCACCAAUAAAAAGAUGCCGAAAACGAUCGGUCGGGCCACACUGACCGAGGCGUAG